CUUACUGUAUUGUAGCAGUUGAAUCAGCUGGAAGACAAAUUCCUCUCGGGUUCUUGGAGAGGAUCAAGGAAGAUUUUACCAAUAAAUAUGCCGGAGGGAAGGCUGCAACGGCUAUCGCCCAUAGCCUUGAUCGUGAAAUUGGGCCAAAACUGAAGGAGCAUAUGCAGUAUUGUAUGGAACAUCCAGAUGAGAUCAGUAAACUUUCAAAAGUGCAGGCUCAAGUUUCACAAGUUAAAGGAAUUAUGAUGGAAAAUAUUGAGAUUCUUUUCGACCGACAAGAGAAAAUUGAUGGCCUGGUUGACAAAACAGAAAAUCUUCGAUCCCAGGUAUGUAUUUUAUCUUUGAGGUAUUUUCAUUGAAGGGCUGAUCUAGGAACUUUUUUGUUGGGCGCACUACA